AUGGUUCUUCCCUGUGGCGCUCAGUUGAGAGAGUCCUUCCUAGAGCCAGCAACCCAUAUUACGCCUCCUCCUUGCCCCGUUGGGGCAGCCUGGCAUGGCUUACUGGCAUUCCGGCACCUGUCUGUCUCCUACCCUGAUCGGCUGGGUUCUGUCACUGCUGGUCCCUUUAUUCCUUGCUCUCCCUUCAUCCCCCCUGGUUGUACAAGUGGGGGAUUCUCUUUCCCUUCCCAUCCCAUUCUCCUUACCCCCCGCUCAGAUCCAAACCACCAUUAUCUGGAGGAAGAAUACCACCACUUUAGCAAUGGGGUAUUUGAGCCCCAAUUUCACUGUGGUGGUGGCUCCCAGCUUCCGGCCUCACUUCAGGGUGAACCCUGUGCUCGGCAACCUCAAUAUCACAGCAGUGACCACCUCGGAUUCUGGGUUCUACACAGUGGAGAUCUCCCCGCUAGGGAGUGUGGUACAGAAGGGCAACAUCGCUGUCAGGGUGUAUGAGGAGGUAGGCAAUGUGUCUGUGACCCCACCAUCUGCGAAGGUGACAGAAGGAGACAGCUCAGUGUCCCUGAACUGCACCCCUGUCCGAGGCUCUAUCUCCUGGACCAAGGAUGGGCAGAACCUAGAUGAAAAUCCCCGAUACCUGCGCUCAGCUGGCUCCUUGCAGAUCAGACGCCCGCUACGUACUGAUGCCGGUGUCUACACCUGUACCAUCACCAACCCUUUCAGCAAUGGGACCGGCACUGCUAACCUCACUGUCUACUAUGGCCCAGAGACCCCGAUGAUUACAGUCUCAUCGUCGGACCGAGACUCCAGCGCAGGGCAUUUUGUGCUGGUGAACAGUACCGUGAACCUAACGUGCCUGGCGCCAUCUGAGCCCCCGGCAAAGAUCUACUGGAACGUGGCAGAUACUCAGGACCUCUACGUGCCCUCCUUGCCUGUCCUGCAGCUCCCCAAGGUGCAGCUGAAUCAGGCUGGGCCAUAUUCCUGCUUGGCCAUCAAUCAGCACACCCAACAGCGGGUUCGAAACACUCACAGUCUCAUUGUUGCCCAACGACCUUCUGGAUCCCCUCGCUGCUCUGUGACUUCAGCAGACAACGGCACUGCUUUGCUUUUCAUCUGUUCCUGGCCUGGGGGAUUCCCUGCUCCCCGCUUAACUUUUCGGGGGCUCCCAAGGCAAAAGGAGGAGGUUGGCACCUCCAAGCUGCAGCAGCUGCUGGUCCCUCCGCUCCCAGCUGAGCUCAGUGGCAACAGAGUCACCUGUAUGGGACACCAUUUAACAGGGCAGGACAACUGCACCUUGAUUCCAGAAGCCCCCUCAGGGAUCUCGCUCUCAUUCCGGACACACAGCGAUUCCGAAGAGUCAGUUACCAUGGAAUUGCAUUGCCAAGGCACCUUCAACCCUGUGGAGAUUGACUGGUUUCGGGACAAGGGGUCACCGAUCCCUGUUGGAGGCCAUUAUGAGCUGAGCCCCGACAGAACGCAACUCACCAUCUGGAACUUCACUUCCCCACAGGACCUGGGUGAUUACAGUGCCACCUGCUACAAUCCGCUGGGAUCCCAACAUUCCAACCUCACCAUCCUUGGUCCUUCCAUUUCUGACUGGACCCUGUCUCGUGGACCCCAUCCUGGUUCUGCCUAUCUGGCCUGGACUGUGCCAAAUGGAUCAGCGGUGACCAGCUUCUGGAUCCAGAUGCAGGACCCUAAGCAACGCCGUUCUGCUGAGGAAUGGAAGACGGUGGAAGUCUUAGGAGCUGCCAACCGAUCCACUACUAUUAUGGGUCUGGAACCCCAAAGUCCAUAUUCCUUCCGGGUUGUGCCUCGUUUGGGAUCCCAAGCUGGGCGUGCCUCUAGCAUUCAAAUCCUCCAACCAGAUUCAAGACUGAGUGAGGGUGCAAUUGCUGGAAUAGUGAUCGGCUCCAUCUUUGGGAUGCUUCUGAUCCUUGUACUCUUGAUCUUGUUGAUCUGCCUGAUCCGGCCAAUCUGCCUUCGCAAAGCCAAUGAAAAGGAAGUCUUCCCAACACCUCCUGAGAAGAGACAACACUACCUGUCACGCCAGUUCCCAAAUGGUAACAAGCUGGAGCCAAGUGACCCCUCUUGGGGAAAUCCUCGCUGGUCAUCAGGAGACUUUGACAUCUAUGCUAUUACCUACGAGGAACACCUUCGCAAAUAUGGUGGCCCAGCCACCCUGCCCAUUAGCACCGCAGACAGCAGCUCUCCUCUCCCAGCUAUACAACCUCACAGCAGGAAUGUGCGCAGCGCUACUCAAGUCUGACGCUUUGAAGAUCCAUCUUGGAACUUGGGCUGAAAGCUACAAGCCAAGCACAGCUUUCAAUAUGGGAUCCAGGCACCUGCACAUUGAGCCAUGCUGUCUUCCUAUGGCUGCUGCUUCAAUAAGGGACUGAGUGUGGGGGAUAUGAGACCCAAGCUUCUGAAAUUAGAGCUUUGGUUUCCGGGCAUAAUCAUAUGAAUGUGCAGAUAGCAGCAGCCUAGCUAGCCUGGUUAAGGAGAACCAGGCAUCCAGGAGGAUACACUGUGAGUAGACUGAAUACGACGAAAUACUCUUGGGAUUCUGAGACUUCCACUGUGGCCGCUUUAGGGAUCUUUGGGAGUGGAGUUCACUACCAAACAAUUGAGUUGUAGGCGUGAAACAAAGGGGCAUCAGAGAGCAAGCAGCUGAGUGGAUGACGAAGAGCCCUAGGCUCAUCCCUUUAGCAGAGGAUGGAGUAAAAAAGUAAAGGUAAAGGUGUCCCCGCACUUGUAGUGCGAGUCAUUUCCGACUCUUAGGGUGAUGUCUUGCAACGUUUACAAGGCAGACCGUAUAUAUGGGGUGGGAUUGCCAGUUCCUUCCCCGGCCUCUCUUUAUCCCCCAGCAUAUGCCAGGUACUCAUUUUACCGACCAUGGACGGAUGGAAGGCUGAGUGGACCUUGACCCCUUUUACCAGAGAUUCGACUUCCUCCUUCCAUUGGAAUCGAACUCUGGCCGUGAGCAGAGCUUCGGCUGCGUUACCACUGCUUACCACUCUGCGCCACGGAGAGGAUGGAGUAAAGGAGAGUAAUGGAGGAAGCUGCCUUAGACCAUCGAUCCAUCUAGCUCAGUGUUGUCCACACUGACUGACAGCAGCACUCCAGGGUUUCAAGGAGGGGUCUCUCUCAGCUCUGUCUGGAGAUGCUGGGGAUUGAGCCUGGGGCCUUUUGCAUGCAAAGCAUGUGCUCUGCCACUCAGCCGUGGCCCUUGAUGGAGCACCGAUGCUGUAUAAGAAGAGUUGGACUGGUAAAAGGUAGGGCUGCCUCUUUGGGGAAGAAAGGUCUUUUGAGUUGCUGGCUCAAAACAUGCCUUUUUACAAGACUUCAGAACAGAAAACUUCUUAUAUCCAAAGUCUGCAGUGUUGCAUCUGCCAAAAUUCUCCUUGGUGUUAUCAAAAGUAUGCGACUGGGGCCGCACGCCAUCCUGUGACUUGAAAUCCUACCUGGACUGUCUGUUUUGGACAUGUUUGGAAACUUGAGUUUAAAAGUCCUAUUUGUGGCUGGUUUGAAGAAGGUGGUAGUGAAGGGGUGGACACAACUUCCACAUUUGGUCUGGACUGACAAAGAACUGGAAUAGAUGCUUCCUUCUCAAUGUUGAUUUGUGGGAAAUAAUGGGAUUUCCUGGUCUUUGGUGGUGGUUAGGAGAGGGAUUUCUGAUUCUAAGCUAUUUUGGAAAAGUUAAUCUUUGGAAUUUGCUCCCACAAGAAGUAGAGAUGGCCACCAGCCUGGAUGGCUUUAAAAGAGGAUUAGACAAAUUCAAGGAGGAUAUUGGCUUUCAUUGGCUACUAGCCAUGACGGCUAUGUUCUACCUCCACUGUUGGAAGCAGUAUGUCUCUAAAUACCAGUUGCUGGAGGUCACAAGUGGAGAGAGCGCUGUUGCACUUCUUGUGGGCUUCUCACCAACAUCUGAUUAGCCACUGAGAACAGGAUGCUGGACUAGAUGGGUUUCGGCCUAAUCCAGCAGGGCUUUCCUUGCGUUCUUUUAUUUUAACAGUGUUUGUAGAGUGGCCAUGCAUUUUACUUUACAGAGGACCAUUUUUUCCAAGAACAUUUGUUGUGGUUCCUUUUUUUGUGUGUCUCAUAAUUACAGUAAUGUUAUCAACAGACGCAGGCUAACUCUAUCCUUCCUUCCUUCCUUCCUUCCUUCCUUCCUUCCUUCCUUCCUUCCUUCCUUCCUUCCUUCCUUCCUUCCUUCCUUCCAUCUUGUGAAGGAAAUGGUGCCUUUGCAUACAUUCUUAGUACUUUUAAUUGUCUAUACCUAUCACCAUUCUGUAUGUAGAAUCAGUCAGCCGGCCAGAAAUACUGGUGAUCCUAAAGGAAUAAUCAUUUAUGAUCUCAAGCGCCUUCUCAGCUACUAACCAUGAUGGCUAGGCUAUGUUCUCCCUCCAGUGCUGGAAGAAGUUUGCCUCUGAUUACCAAGUUGCUGGGAAUCACAAUCGAGGAGAGUGGCUCUGAUUCUGCUUGCAGGCUUCCCCUACAUGGGGCAGUGAAUCCGCUCCAGAUUUUAGUC